AUGGAAAACUCGAGCAUUCAAGCCGACGCGACCCAAAGUCGAACAGGAGCGAAAAAGGGACAUUUUAGUAAACUCAAGGAGAAGCUAAGUCUUGGACGACAAAAGGUCUCAUUCGAAAGCGUCCAUCUGAAGCCCCCCACUGAGUCUUCACGCCCAACUUCACGAGCUAGCUCGAUCGGCUGCAGCUCCAUCAGUCCAGGCAAUGUUUCGGCAGAGACGGGCGAUGAAGGCUCUCAUGCGCCAGAGCCUAGUACAAGGCCGCUGUCGCAGACCGAGACUACAAUAGAAGAGAAUGGGGCGCAUUCGAAACCCAUAAUGCGACAGCAUGCUGUAAAGAUAUGGGGAAGCGCCCUAGAGGCCGUCACGAAAGACCCAAAAAUGAAGGAGUUCAUCCUAGAGUAUGAGGAUCAACUCAUAAAACUUGUCGAACAAGACAACAAGUCGAUACCCACCUUCACAACGUCGCUAAAGUCGGAAAGCCUAGAAGACUGCCUCAAAACGAUAGGUAUUACAUUACAAGACGCAGGGAAACAUCAGCAGGCCAAAGACACCACUCUAGGUAUCCUAACAGUGGUCAAAGGUCUCAGCUCGUUCGUGGGUUCUUUGCUGUCUGAGAGCCCUCCUGCAGCUAUGGCAUGGGCUGGAAUAUGUGCUUGCUUGCCCAUCAUUGCGACGCCAAUAGAACAGGACAAGAAAAUGAUCAGCGGACUAGAGUACAUCUAUGGCAGGGCACCUAUCUACUUCGAUUUACCUGAUGAACUCUUGCAACAUGACGGCAGUAGCACAGGCAUCAGUAAAGGAAUCAAGAAUGCCAUUCAGCCGUUGUAUGAAGGCACCUUGAAGUUUGUCAUGAUGAGUGUAUGCUCCAUCCAUCGGAGGAGGCUUCGUCGAUUCUGGGAUGCCAUUUCAGACCAGGCUAGGUGGGAAAAUCUGUUGGAUGAAAUCAAAGAGGCCGAAAAGAACCUUCAACUGGAUACCCCCAUUUACCAGCAGUCGAGAUUGUUGUACGUCGCCGAAGAAAUCAGAAUGUCCCUUCAAAAGAACCAUGAUCAGAAAGAAGCCAAGGAAAGGAAAAAGUUUCUAGACAGUCUUGGAGAGACGAACUAUCAAGUGCGUCUUGGUACUACCAAAAGACGGCUUGAUGGCACCUGCCAGUGGUUUCGCCAACACCCUAGAUUCAAGAAAUGGCUGAAUAGCAAGGAUGGUUUAUUAUUGGUCUCGGCAGAUGCUGGCUGCGGCAAGUCUGUCUUGGCUAAAUACUUGAUUGAAGAAGUGUUAUAUGAGGAGGAUCCUAAAGCCACUAUCUGCUACUUCUUCUUCAAGGACGACGAUCCACAGGCUCGGAGCUUUACGAGUGCCUCAAAGUCGCUCCUCCAUUGCCUUCUCUCAUCCAAAGAAUGUCUUCUGGAUGGCUGCAAAAAAGAAUUCCCCAACAGCCCCAGUGAUAUCUCUGGCUUUCGACAGGUAUGGUCUGCAUUUUCCUCGGCAUCCAGGGAACCAAGUGCAGGAUCAGUAAUUUGCGUCUUAGAUGCAUUGGAUGAGAGCGAUCCUGAACAGCGAAAGGACUUUUUGAGCCACAUUAGAAUGUACCUCAACAAAGACGAAAGCGUACGUGGAGCAAAGUUUAUCAUCACGACACGAGGAUACCCGCAGAUUAUCAACGAGUUUACUAAGUUUCCUUCUAGAAAAAUACAUCUAGAUGGUGACAACGAUGAAGAGAAAACCCAGAUCCAGAAGGAGAUCAGUAUCGUCAUGGACUAUCGCCUGCAAGAACUUAAAGAAAAAGUACCCGACAUCAGCGAGAGCACAUUGGACAUCAUACGCGAAGGGCUAUCGAGAAACGGGAAAGAACAGAGGACCUAUCUCUGGAUGCACCUCAUGUUUGAGCUUGUCGAAAAAAGGCGAUGGGGCAACCGUGCCAAAUGGAGAGCCCUGUUCCAGAAUCCUCCCGACACUGUCGCCAAAGCGUACGGAAAGCUCUUGGAGAGUGUUCAGCCGGAAUCCCGCAGAGAAGUGCGCACGCUUUUGGCGCUGAUCCUCGCUGCAGAGAGACCAUUGACCCUAAAAGAGCUCAGCAUCGCUGUUUGCGCCCGGACCAACACAGAAGAGUCUCAAAAGUUCGACUUUGACGAUGUUCUCGAAGAAGGUGAAUUCAAAAACUGGAUUCGUUGGGAGUGUGGCUCUUUCGUCGCCAUCCACGGCAGCAAGGCUUAUCUUAUACACCAAACCGCCAGAGAAUUCCUCAUGGAAGGCAACAACACAAAUCAGGACUAUUGGCAGGGUUCCAUUACAGAACGUGAAGCUCAUCGGUACAUGGCUGAGAGCUGCAUCUCUCUCCUUUCCAGCGAGCAAUUCGAAGAUCCAGUGUUUAACGACAACGCAUACGAGUUCUAUGUUCUUCAAAGACCAAGUGUGCAAAUCGACGAAGAGUUUGAAUGCCCUUUCUUGGAAUAUUCAGUUGUAUACUGGUUAGAUCAUUUUCAUCGCUGCCAGGAGCAACUUUCAUCAGAUGCUAUGGAUAUCAGCGAUAUAUCUGGCGCUUUCAACACGCGUUAUCAAAAGCUUUUCCGACAAAAUCAUUCACAUUGUAUUUCGGAGGCAAGCAGGUUUAUAAAUGAGCAAGAAAGGAAAACUUCACACUUGGGGUGGUGUUACCUCAUGAUGAGUGCCCUGCCUCCACAACGAUUUCCUGACGGCUACACAACGAGACUACGGAUUUCUGGAUACACUGACUAUGCCACACCAAUUGCUUGCCUUUUCGGCCAUAAGAGGCUUCUCAUGUAUUCUUUGGAAAAGCCAGGGGACAACAAAGCUGAGCAAGGCAGUGCCAGUUCAUGUAGAGGCACGGCGGAAGAUGACGGUCGCCAGUUCUCACUCGUCCACUUAGCUGCUUUUGGGGGAUCUGAGUGGUGCCUUCGAUACCUUCAUAGCCGUGGCCAUGAUGUUACUUGUGAAAAUCCGGAUGGCCUGACCCCAUUGCAUUUGGCAGCUGGGAAUGGCUUAAAACAAACUAUGCAGACCCUGCUAGGCCUUGGAGCUUCAGAGAAUGCACUGGAUGCUGGUCAAAGAUCACCAUUUGUCUUAGCAAUGGCAACCCGAGACGGCAGAUCUUACAUGAAAAAAUAUAUAUCAUCAGUUAAAGAUCAGGAGAACAAGAUGCGUGUGCUUCUGUAUAAUGCCGUCGUAGCCGAGGCGCCAGAAAAACUCGCAGUACAAACCCUGUCGCAGCGCACAAGCAACCAAAAUAGCACGCAUCGAUAUAUCCAGGCACAAAUUGAUUCGACAGAGCCGGAAUCAUAUUUUGUCGCUUUCAGGUUCACUUUCCCAGGACGACUGAUACAAGCUUUAGCUCAUUUUGAAGUCGAUUUCGAAUUUCGCUAUGAAGGCGGGCUCACCGCCCUCCAAAUUAGUGUUCUGAAGCCAGCACGUCUGGCCAAUACCUUUUGGCUGCUACGUAUGGGAGCGGAUAUGUGUGCCGCUGAUUCUCAUGGCAAUACACCUCUUCACAAUGCAGUCAAAGCUGCUAAUUAUAAGGCGCUGGAGCUGCUUCUGUGGUACGGGGCGGAAGUCGACGCAAAGGGAGAAAACGGCGAUACACCACUGAACAUGGCGUCCAGAGUGGGUAACCUCGUUGCAGCUUCUGUUCUGCUCAAGUACGGGGCGGACCCAGAGAUCAAGAAUAAUGAAGGGCUAAGCCCGUUGGAUCUGAAUCCCCAGCUGAAGCCGAAGGUUCGAUCAGCUAGUCCCAUCCUGUGA